UUUCCACAUCUCUAUCAGCGGCAGAGGCGAAAAUCACAUCGGACGAAAAUCGAGUGGAAAGCGGAGAGAAGAGAGCGAUUAUUAAUUUAAUUAAUUAAUUAUAAUUUGCCCGAAAAUGUUAAACAGUGUGUACGCGCGCGAUCCGUUAACUGUGAAUUAAAGUAAGAGCAGGCAACAAAAACAAAAGCGUGGCGUGAAUUUUUUUCUUGUGAAGGAAAAGGCGAAAAGUGUAAUAGAAAAGUGAAAAGCAAGCGAUAAAGGACAGGCCAACGAAAAUACAUGAAACGAAGAAGGCGAAAGGAAUCCAAUUUAUAUCAGCAAACAUUUGGCCGCCGACGACGCCAAAGACAACAACAAAAAACAGAGCAACAGUCGCAAGAAGAAGCGGCAACAACAAAAAAAAACACAAAUGCAACGUGCAAGAAAUUGUUUUUUUUUUUGCACUGGCAGCAUUUAAAAAUUGUCGCGUUGUUGUUUUUUUCUUCCCCUCUCUUUCUUGUACGCUGCAACCUUAAAGAAGAAGAAGAAAAACAGAGCAAUUACGAAAGGAAAGAAAAGAAAUAAAAUGAAAAAGAAAAGAAGCUGUGUAGGUGUGUGUGUGUGUGCGUGUGUGUACGUGCGUGUGUGUGUGCGCGCCACAUGAGGAAAUUGCCAGCAGCGGUGCCGACUGCGACGUCGGCAUCGCAUAGUACCAAAAAAAUAUAGCAAAACAAAAAAUGAACCCAAAAAUUUAUCCACAAGGAAGACAUAAAAAUACAGCAAAGGUCACCAUAAUAGCAUAAUUGCAUUUUGUUAAUAGAAUAAAUUAGUGCAAAAAAUAAGAUGUUUUUAUCGGGGUUUAAUUAUUUGCAGACCCAUUAAUUUCAUAAUUAAAAAUCAGUAAAAUUAUUUAUUUAAUUUCGUGAGAAGGAAGCCCUUUUAAAGUGCUAUUAUUAUGACUGCAACUGUAAAAUUGUUUUUGCCUGCCACUGACUCACGUUUCAUUGAUAAGAAGAAGAACACGAUGAAAGAGAAGGAAAAACUAGAAGAAAAAAAAUAGGAAAAGGAUUGUGGAAUGUCCUAAAAUAAACAAACAAUAAAUCGCCUUAUCAGCUUUAUAUAAAUUUGUUUUGCAUUUCUCUAGUUUGCAAAAAAUGUAAACGAUAACAUAAAUAUACCAGAAGAAGCAAGAGGCGAAUUAGCAAGCAACAAGAUAAAACCAGCAACAAACGAGGAGAUUAUAAUUAUUCUUUUUGAUAUUAUCUAUCGAUUUGUGAUCAGCAAGAACGAGCAGGAGCAGUAAUAUAAUGGUAAUAUCGAUCGGUACGAUGGGCCUCGUGCCGCAGCCACAUCGAAAAUUUGCAGCGCAUCGUAGGCUGUAAAAGGAAAAUUCCGCAACAGAAAAAAAUAUAUAAAAAAAAACUGCAACGCAAAUUGCAGAUAGAGGAUAGGAUAUAGCCGAUAAAAGAGGAAAACCAGGGGUGAAGCACCACCCCCACCCACCGCCACACAAAUGAGGGUGCCACCAACAGGUUGACCACCUAAAAAACAACAAAACAACACAGUAAUAAAAAAGCCAACCGCACGACAAAUAGAAAAGGCAAUAACAACACAAACCAUAAAGCCUCCGAAAGAGACAGAGCGCUAAAAACAAAGCGAGAGAGUGUGUAAACAAAAAAAAAGGCGAAAUACAAAAAAAAAGAAGUAAAAAAACCCCGAAAACACCUCUGGAAAACCACUAAAAGCCCGCAACAAAAUGUUACAAAACUCGAACGCCGCUGCCGCAGCGCAUUCGGCAGCGCAGGCGGCCUCAGCGGUGGCGACUCCGGCAGCGGCGGCGGCAGCAGCGGCAUCGGCAGCAGCAGCUGCAGCGGCGGCGGCCGCAGCAGCCGCUGCGAACAAUGCAGCUCUGGCCGCCUCCUCCAUCCAGCCCAAGCUCAUCGUCAUCCGCCGGCGGCCGAACCAGGGAUUCGGCUUCACGCUGCGCCACUUCAUCGCCUAUCCGCCGGAAGAUGACCAGGCAACAUCAGCGGCGGGAGCUUCGGCAGCGGCGGCUUCGGCGGCAACGGCAGCGGCCAACUGGCCACAGGAAGCCUCCAGUAUGGCCGGCAGCAGCAGCGGCAGCAGCAGCAGCGUCGGCGUCGCCGGGAUCACCGGUUUGGAGCCAACGUCGCCGACGUCGCUGCCGCCGUACCAAGUGAAAGCGAUGGAGACCAUUUUCAUCAAAGAGGUGCAGGCGAACGGACCGGCCCACUACGCCAACCUGCAGACGGGCGACCGCGUGCUGAUGGUCAACAACCAGCCGAUCGCUGGCAUCGCCUACAGCACCAUCGUCUCGAUGAUCAAGCAGACGCCGGCGGUCCUCACGCUGCACGUGGUGCCCAAGGAGUGCGAUGUCCUGCAGAUGCACUAUACGAGCAUUGCCCACACGCCGGAGUCGAAUCGCCUGACCAUGUCGACGCACUCGCCCUCGCUGCUGGCCAACGGCUCCCACAAGACCACAUUUCCAGCAGCAACAGCCGCAGCAGUUGCAGCGCCACCGCAGCAACAUCAGCAGCAGCAACACCAGCAGCAACACCAGCAGCAACAGCAGCAACAGUUGAUCUCAUAUCCCGCUGUUGCAGCCGUGACCACAUCAUCGCCGGCAGGAUCGCCGCACUCGCAUCCCAACUCCCAUCAUGCACCAUCCCUGCACGGAGGCAGUCGAUCGGGCAGCAUCACCAGCACGGCCAGCGCGGGCAUCACCAUCCUGAGUCACCAGUUCUACCCACAGCAACAGCAACAGCAGCAACAUCAGCAACAGCAACAGCAACAUCGCCAUCCGGCGCUGACUGGCGGCAGCAGCAGCAUCGAUUUCGGGGACAUGGCACAUGGACUGCGGCAACAUCAGCAGCAGCAGCAACAGCAGCAACAUCUCUACCAGCAGCAGCAGCAGCAGCAACAUCAUCAUCAGUUCAUGCGUGCCAAUCAGCCGCCAAAUUUAACAGUAUUAUCGGCCAGCUCGGCAACGACCACGCCCACACCCACGCCCACCGCCCGCCAGCCCAAAUCGUCGACGGCGCUCAGUCAGGCGUUGUAUGCGGCCAGCGGGGGUCAAAGUUCAGCCGGGGGAUCGGGUUCGGGAUCGGGAUCCCUUUCGGGUGGCAGUGAGAACAGCGACCUGAUGAUCCGACUGCGUGAAUCGAUUAAGCAGAAGGAGGAGUUCCUCAAGUCGCCGGUGCCCGCCUCCGCCUCCGCCUCUUCCUCUUCUAACUCCAAUGGCAAUCAGGCGCAAUCCGCAUCGCCGGCACAACAGCAGCAGCAACAUUUGCAGCAACACCAGCAGCACUUCUUUCCCUCGCACACGCCGCCCGGUGGAGUCCAAGUGGUGGUGCCUCCGCCACGCAGUCGCCAUCAAGUGCUGCUCAAGCAACAGCAGCAGCAACUGCAGCAACAGCAGCAACUGCAACAGCAGCAACAACAUCAAGUCCAUGGCUACGACAUGUAUUAUUCCGGUGGCAAGCUAGUGCAGCGAUCUUCCACGGCUCCCGGCAGUGUGAAUGUGAGCCUCCACCAUCAGCAACAGCAACAGCAGCAGCAGCAGCAGCAAGUGCAACAGCAACAUCUGCACCACCAGCAACAUCAGCAGAUCCAACAGCAGCAACAUCGCCAGGUGAUGAUCAACAACAAUGCCAAGUACGCAAAGGAUUUGGAUUAUUUUGAGACGUUGCAGGAAACCGGAGUCACCAACAAGGUUUUCGAGCGCAAAUUGGUAUCGCACAUGUCCAAGGGCUUCGAUCCGUUCAAGCCGCUGUCGAUCAACACCAGCGCCAUGGAGUCCACCGCCAGCACAUCGAACUCCUCGACCACGACGACGGUGAAGAAGCAGAGUGUGCUGUACGAAUCCCUGCAGCAGCAUCCCCUGGCCAAGUACCAACAGACGCAGCAGCAGCAGCAGCAUCAGCAGCAGCAUCAUCAUCAAACGACGAUGACCACAGCAACGACCACGGUGGAUGGACAGUCGAGCAGUCGAAUGGAGCUGCACAAGGCGACGCUGGCGAAUGCCACCAUCGAUCCCGUGCCACUGGGAGCCAACAAGUUUGUGGCGCAGUCGGAUAAGCCGCCCGCGGGUUCCUCCGUUGCCACCUUGGCGGACAUUGCCGAGAGCAGUGCGGCUGCCAUUGUGGAUUGUGCUGUGGGAAGCGGCAACGUCGUCCGGCGAUUCAAACCACUCUCCUCCAGCUCCUUUGACGAAGGCAAACCGAUGCGUCGGAUCUCCUAUCUGCGGGCCACCAACAACGAGGCGGACUUCAAUGCGGAGGCGCCACCAGGUGGCGGAGAUGCUGUCGCAACGGCAGGAUCAUCGGGCUCAGCAGCAGUAGCUCCAGUGGCAACUGCACCCGCUCCUUCCAGCGCUUCUGCUCCUCCAACCACUGCUGCACCCCUGCCCGUUUCGAUUCCCAUUCCGGUGGCUGCCGUCGUUGAGCCGCAGAAGACGAAAUCCCUGGUGGAGGAGCAUCCCGAUCCGACGUACGAUGUGAUCGGAGGCACUGGCGGCGGCCACGAGUUCAUCGAGACGCCCAACGGACUGGAGGAUGUGCGUCUGUCCGCCCACGGAAGUCGCAGGGCCUCCAUGAGCAGCGACAUGCGAAGCAGCAUCCACAUUGAUGCCGAGUUGAAUGGCAAAUAUGUGCCCAACGAACUGGAGGCCUUCGAAACGGAGAUCGAGAUCAAGUCAUCUUGCAUCAACGGAAAGCGCAUGUCCGAGUACCGAUCGUGGCGUCAGGUGAAGCUGGAGAUCAAGGGCGAUCUGCUGCGCAUCUACUCAGGCCGCCAUGCCAAAUCGGAGCACAAUGUGAUAGAACUCGAUAUUAGAAACUUUAAGUUCUUCGACGAGUCGCUGGAUAAGAAGAAGUACUUGAUUCGGAUGCAGUCGAAGCCAUCGCCGAGUGGCGCCCACUUGGCCUCGCUGGGCAACGAGUUGAACCUGGAGGAGGGCCACGACAAGCUGCUCACCUCUUCGGGCAGCAGCAGCGCGAACGAGCCCUCCGCCUUGACCACAUCCACGUCCUCGUCCACCUGCAGCAGCGGUCCCUACACGGAGAUCCUGUUCAAGACGAAGAGCAGCACCGAGAUGAAGCGACUGUUUGGUCUGCUGCAGUGGAAGGACAGCCUGAACUACGAUGAUAAUGAGCACCAGCUGCAGGGCAAACAAUUGGCGGAACCGCAGAAAACAGCAGCCAGCGCCAGCUACUUGGAUGAUGCCCAGGGUGGAGCAGCUGCAGCGGACAGUUCUCCGCUGAGCUCCCAUUCGGGUGGCAUAGCAGAGGCUAGCGGUGGUCAUCAUCAUGUUUCCGCCUUGCCAGCGGCAGCGGCAAUUGUGGCGGCCACCAGCGACUCCAUUUCGCCGGUGAUGAAGGCGCGCAAAUCCUCCUCGCACAAGCACAUACCCGACAAGGAUCUGGGCUCCCCCAAAUCGAAGAACUGGAAGGAUCUGCUCUUCCGUCGCGGCGGCAGCGGCAGUGGUGGGGUGUCGCAUCACGACUUGGCAUCGCCAUCGGCCUGUGCCGCCAAGCAGAUCGGCUCCAUUGGCGUUCCCCUGCGCAGCUGUCCCAUGUCGAAGGUGAACGCCUAUGUGCCGCAUUUGGUGGAGGUCUGCACGAACAUCGUGGAGACGAAGGGGCUGGGCGUGGUGGGCAUCUAUCGCAUACCCGGCAACAAGGCGGCCAUUUCGGAGCUAUCCGAGCUGGUCAACACCAAGGACUUCCAGUUCGAGAGCUGUGCGAGCGACGAUCGCUGGGAGGACGUGAAUGUGGUGAGCAGUCUGCUCAAGCUCUUCAUCCGCAGUCUGCCGGAUGCGCUGAUGCCCGCCAGCUACUACAUCAACUUCAUCGAGGCGGACAAGAAGUUCGGCCUGGAGAGGAUCGUCCUGCUGCGCGAGAUUGUCGAGUCGCUGCCGCGUCAUCCGUACGAAACAAUGAAGCAUUUGAUUCGGCAUUUGUGUCGCGUGAGCGGCAAUUGCGAGGUUAACCGCAUGGAGCCCAAGAACCUGGCCAUCAUCUUCGGUCCGUCGAUCAUCAGGACGCCGAAUGAUACGCUGGAAACGGCGGUGAAGGACAUGAAGCACCAGUGCCGCAUUGUCGAGCUGCUGGUUACACAGUAUGAUUACUUCUUUGAGGGCGGCAGUCUGCCGGAUUUGGCGGAGGUGAGCGGCGGAAGUGCCGCCGUGAGUGCCGCCCAGCCGCAGCAGCAGACGCAGGAGGACCAGACGAGCAUGCUCCUCCACAACCUGUCCAAGAUCGAGCGGAUCACCGAGCGGGAGACCACGCGAACCUCGCGAUUCAUGCCGCAAUUGAGGCGGAAGACGCACGGCAAGCGGAGCGCCGUCAACUCGGACACGUACUCCGGCGAGAGUGUACUGGUAAGCAGCGGCAGCUCCUCCAACACAUCAACCACCACCACCACCACCCACACAAGUAGCACCACAAGUAGCACAAGUAGUAGCAACACCAUCACCACAACCAUCAGCACCACCACCAUCCAGCAGCGAAGGGCGCAGCGAAAGGCUGUGCAGAGCAUUUGCGACCAGGCUCUAAUCCUGCUCCUGCCCACACCCGGCUCCCUCUCCUCCGUCUCUCUUCCCUUUCAGUCGCUGGACUACGCCAAGGUGUCCGCCUCGGCAUCGGCAUCCGCCAGCAGCACAGCGAGCACCUCGAGCAGCUCGACGCUCCACAGCGGCGGCGGCAAGGCGUCCGGUGGCGGUGGCUCCUCCUCCUCGAGCUCCACCACCACCACCAAGUUCAGCUCCUCCUCGUCGUCCGCGUCCUCCACCACAGCGGUGGCCGUUUCCUCCUCCAUCUCGUCCACAUCCUCCAAGUUGCUGAGUGCGAACUUCAAGAAGCGCAGCACGGGCGGAUUCCUCGGCUCGAGAUCGUCGCACCAGACGCGCAAGGCCAGCUUGGAUGAGAAGGACUCGGGCCAGUCGUCCGGCAGUCUGGGCCACAGUCUGGGAGUGGGCUUGAAUCUGGCCAAGGAGCAGCAGCGCAGCAGCGUGGAUAUCUCCAUUCUGCUCACGGACGACGACUCCAGCAGCAGACUAAGCGAUACGGGUUCCAUGUCCCUGACAACCAUCACGGAUACGCUGGACAGCAAGCUGCGUAAUCUGCGCAGCGGUUCCGAAUCGAACGAUGAGAACGGAUCGCCGGAGUUCCCAAAGAACCGACGACACACCUUGGGCCAACCGCUGCACCUGCACUCCGAGAACAUUCCGUAUGCGGACGAGUCGCCCGAGCGGCUGUUCCAUCAGUUCUGCAAUCCGCUGGACGCGGCCCCGCUCUCGCUGCACCUGAGUCGCUCCUGCACGGCCACCAAUACGAUUGGCAGCGGCGGCGACGAGAAGCCAUCAUCGAAGCAGUUGGCGGGCGUGGCGCCGCUGCCCCCCAGUUUGCUGAAGGCGGCGCACAAGCUGCAGCACUCGGCCACGGUGCCGAUACAUCAGGGAAGCUCCACGGCGCCAACCAGUGGAGCAGCCACCCCGGUUGGCACUCCAACGGGGAGCGGUGGUGGCGCCGGCGGAGCCAUCGCCUCGCGCAGUUCGUCGAGCAGUGUCACAACGCUGACGAAGAGCAUACAUCCGAGGUUCAGCAAUUACAUGAGUUACGAGCGCAGCAAUGCAGCCACUGCUGGUGGCGAAAGAGCAGUGGGUUCCUCAGGAGGCGGAGGAGGAGGAGGAGCUGCCUCCGAGGAUGAUUCCGAGGGCUCCACGACCAGCGAUCCCAAGGAAAAGCUGCUGCUCGGCGAACGACCGUCGCCGUCGUUUUUUCUCGAGCGCUACAACAAGAAGAGACGCGACCAUCGGUUAUUUCGAAGUGCCAGCUUCAAUUGCCGGAACUACUCCACCCGGCACAUGACCACCCAAUCCUCUGGCGGCGGCGGCGGCGGGGGAGCGGCGGGAGUAUCCGGCGGCGGCGGAGGAGUAGCUGGAGCGGUGACGGUGGGCGUGGCCUGUUGCCAGGCGCUGAGUGCCACCGGGUUGACCAAGGACGAGAAGACUGACAUGAACCUGACCAAGAAGCGCCAGAUCCAGAACAAGCAGAACCGUUCGAUUAAGCGUCGUCACACUGUGGGCGGUCCGCACGACUAUUCCGCCAGCAAUGGCAGCUGCUCCAAUCACGUUCAUGGUCACGGUCACGACUUGGCGGCCAUCAACUACAAUCACCACAAUCGCCACCACCAGCAGCAGUUGCUCAAGCUGGGCAGCGCCUCGUCCGCCGGUGGCGGCAGUGGAGCGGCGGCCGCGGAGACGACAACCACGACGACCACAACCACCACGGUGCUGCGGCGUCUGGGGCAAUCCAGUGGCGAUGCCAGUGUGGCUUUGCCUGGAUCCAGUUCGGGAUCGAGCAGCAACAACAACAACUCGCCGCAGAGCGACGGUAGCAAUGGCAACGGCGGUGGAGCACCCUCGAACGCCCCACCGUCUGGAGUGGUGGUGGUCGGUGGUGGUGUUGGUGUUGGUGGAGGAGUGGGCAACAAUAGCAGCAGUGGAAGCAGCAGCAACAGCAGCAGCACCAGCACCACGCCAGCUGGCAACGGAGAUCAGGUCCUCGAAGUGGGCAUUCGCAUCAAGAACAUCAAUCGGGGUCGCUUCUAAACAAAAUAGGAUCUCCGAAACUAAAAAGGAAUAAGUUUCCAGCACACAUUUAAAGAAAACAGCAGGGAUCACUCAGAUAAUUGAUUCAACAGUCUGUUGCACUCACAUUUUAAAGAACCUGACUAGUAACUCGGUCUAUAUAUCAAUCGGCAGAUUGCUGCGAUGAAGCCACCCGAAAAUAGCCUAGACAAAACCACAGUUUACACGAGUAUUAAAAAGGUUUAAUAUAGAAACAAAUGCAGAAUUGAAAGUAUCUAACAAUAGUUUAUGAAAAACACAAUUGGUAGACACCGAUUUUAAAACAAAACAAAAGUUUAAAAGAAUGUUAACCAGAGUAAAGUUGCUAAAAAGAAAAACAAUUUGAGGAAGCAAAAGUAAUUUUUGGGAAUUUUAUGUGGCACUUAAAAAGAAAUCAAAUAGAAUUUUAAAUCCAAAGUUCUGGUGGCAAAGCUACUUGAGGAGUCUAAAAAUUACUUUGUGCUGCUGAGAUUCUGUGAAAAUAGUCACCACAAUCUAUAUUACUAUACAUAUAUGUAUCUAUAUCAAUGUGCAGUUGCAAAGUUGUGUCCGAAUUCCAUCGGCAAACAAACCAACAGAGCAGUUAAAAUACGUAUUUAUCACAUUAUCUAUCACGAUAUAUUAUAUAUUCAUGUGCAGACCCCCAUGGAGUUGUGUUUGGUAAUACGAAAAAACUGACAAACUGCAAAGAAUAUUGUAUUUAAAAAGUAGACCAACCAUAAUACACAGUGCGUUCAUAGAGAACUUAAAAUACUUAGUUGGCAAAGAUCUGAGAUCGAAUUGCUUAAUACACUGCAAGAAAAGGUACAACUCCCAGGGAAAAACAAAUCUUAACAACGCAACGCAGAAAAACAAUCUUAGAUGAAAAAAACUAUUCGAGGGCAGGAAGUAAUUUAUUCGCACACACAAAAUACACAAAACACACAAAUUAAAUGGGAACCAAGCAAGGAUCUGGAAUUAGACAGAGACAGAAAGAGAUAUAUGUAGCGACAGACAGAGAAAGAUAUAUAUAGAGAAAGGGGGAUAAAAAGAUAGAGAAAGAGAGAGAGAGAGAGAACUAUUUUGUAAAACGUAUACAACACAACACAGAAGAAAAAUCGCAUAAAUAACCACCUAAUGUAUAGGAACAAUCAAAAGUGUCGCCUGUCCGGGAAUUCAGACGAGUCCCUCUGCCAACUAAGUUGUGCUAAUUGUCCUUGAAGUGGAUCACUUAUUCGUUUAGUUUGUACAUUUGCGUUUUAUUUUUUUCUGUGUACCUGUGUACCUGCUGUAAAACAAAGUGGAGGAAAAAAACAGAACCCAAUUUUGGUGCCUUAAAUUGUUUGCUUUAAAUUUUGGAAUACAUUUUUUCACCCACGUUUUGUAAACUCCUUUUUUUUUUUGAUAUGCAAAAUUUUAUAUUUAUUGGCGGUGCUGUAGGAAAUGCAUGAUAUGAUAGGUGCAGCUGAAAAGCUAUAUAGUAGAGAAAUAUAUACAUAUAUUCCGCACACACAAGCUGACGUCCAGAGACAGGCGACCAGAAGGACACCACGUUUGAUUGAUAACGCGACUAUAUGUUUACCAUAUAACGCACGAGAAACGGCAUAAAUUUACAUUUACAUAUAUAAUAUAAUAUAUAUAUAUUUUUGUGUAGUUUGUAUAUGAUUUUAUAUGAUUUAGGUUUGUCGAAAAGUGGAACGCAUAAAUAUACAUGCAAGUAUAUAUGAUUAAGAAAUUAGAUAGUAGUUGUAUAGUAUUCCUCCCAUUUUUUUGCUGUAUAUACGAUUUGAUUUUUUUGAUUUCAUUCACAAUUAUGAUUUACACCACACACCCCCCUAAAAAAAGAGGAUAUAAUAUAUAAAGGAUUAUAUAUUUUGUAUGCAUUUUGUUUUGUUACCCGAAGGCAGAAACAAAUGAGGCAGCAGGAGAAAAGUAUAUAGAAAGAACCCAAGCGCGUAACGUUGCUAUAUAAAUAUUAUGAUUAACUAAAAGGAAAUUUUUUGUUAGACUUUAGGUAGUUAUUUUUUAAAAAAUUGUAUUUUCUAUUAUACAUGUAUACAUCUAUAUAUUUUAUUGUAUUAUGAUUUUUUUUUUCAAACAAAAAAUAAAUGUGGAUUUUCUAUAAUGCUAUAAACGACGACACAAUAAAAAAGAAACAACCAAUAUUAAGAAUAAAAUGUACAAGUAUAAACCAGAAA